AUGAAUCCGCUAUCCUCACAUCAUGGACUAUAUGCUCGCUUGGGACGAGAUAUAACUCUAAGAGCAUCGAAAUCCCGGGGCAUCUCGAGUCCGUUCCACCCGCGACGUUGUCAACAUAGCGAUUCUCGAUCAAGUCACCUACCGCGUCUUGCCCAACCCUCAAUUUGGCACUCAAUCGUACCAAAAAGUCUCCGCGAUAGAUUCUUUGCGUCUGGCCGACGGGGCAAGAAAAAGCCGACAAAUCCGGCAAGCUAUUUCAUUUGGAUAUACCUUCUGAUAGGCUCCCAGGCGAUCCGGAUUAUGGGGCUAAAAAAUGACUUUGCCAAUUAUACGCGACAAGCGGACCUUAAAUUAGAAAAGCUCAGAGAGGUGGUUCAAAAACUGCAGCGAGGAGAAGAGGUGGAUGUGGAAAAGGUCCUUGGGACCGGGGACGAAAUCCAGGAGCAGGAGUGGGAAGAAGCCUUACGACAAUUGCAGGAGGAGGAUAGGAUAUGGCAGAGCAAUGCAAAGAAGCGCCGCGAAGAGCAGGAGCGAAUGCUCCGGGAACAGCAAGAUGCUGAUCCGGUCAACGCAUCGGCGAAAACCUCUCCAGAGGCUGCUGGUCAGACUCCUGAGGCCAAGCCAUAUACACCGACCAGUCCAGGCUUCUACUGA